AUGGCGGCAGCGGCGGCGGGGCCCGCGGGGCCCGAGCCCAUGCCGAGCUACGCUCAGCUGGUGCAGCGCAGCUGGGGCACCAUGCUGGCUGCGGCGCGGGGCUGCGCGGACUGCGGCUGGGGGCUGGCGCGCCGCGGCCUGGCCGAGAACGCGCACCUGGCGCCACCCGAGCUCCUGCUGUUGGCGUUGGGUGCGCUCGGCUGGACAGCGCUGCGCUCCGCGGCCACCGCGCGCCUCUUUCGGCCCUUGGCCAAGCGGUGCCACCUGCAGCCCCAAGAUGCCGCCAAGAUGCCUGAGAGCGUCUGGAAGUUUCUCUUCUACCUGGGCUCCUGGAGCUACAGCGCCUACCUGCUCUUCGGCACCAACUACCGCUUCUUCCAGGACCCGCCCUCUGUCUUCUACGACUGGAGCCCUGGCAUGGCGGUGCCGCGGGACAUCGCGGCCAUGUACCUGCUGCAGGGCAGCUUCUACGGCCACUCCAUCUACGCCACACUCUACAUGGACGCCUGGCGCAAAGACUCCGUGGUCAUGAUCGUGCACCACGUGGUCACGCUGCUGCUGCUGGUCUCCUCCUACGCCUUCCGGUACCACAACGUGGGCGUCCUCGUGCUCUUCCUGCACGACGUCAGCGACGUGCAGUUCGAGUUCACCAAGCUUAACAUCUACUUCAAGUCCCGCGGCGGCCGCUUCCACCGGCUGCAUGCGCUGCUGGCGCUGGCCGGCUGCCUCAGCUUCAGCGCGAGCUGGUUCUGGUUCCGCCUCUACUGGUUCCCGCUCAAAGUCCUGUACGCCACGUGCCACUGCAGCCUGCGCGCGCGGCCCGACAUCCCCUUCUACUUCUUCUUCAACGCGCUGCUGCUCGUGCUCACCCUGAUGAACCUCUACUGGUUCCUGUACAUCGUGGCCUUCGCCGCCAAGGUGCUGACGGGCCAGCUGCGGGAGCUGCAGGACCUGCGGGAGUACGAGCCGGCCGACCGCAGCCCCAAGCCCAGCAAGGCCGAGUGA